AAGAAACGCUGGUUUAUCCUACGGAGUGGCCGGAUGAGUGGUGACCCAGAUGUUCUGGAAUACUACAAGAAUGAUCACUCCAAAAAGCCCCUGCGGGUCAUCAACCUGAACUUCUGUGAACAGGUGGAUGCAGGCCUGACCUUCAACAAGAAGGAGCUGCAAGACAGCUUUGUGUUUGACAUCAAGACCAGUGAGAGGACCUUUUACCUGGUGGCUGAGACAGAGGAGGACAUGAAUAAGUGGGUCCAGAGCAUCUGCCAGAUCUGUGGCUUCAACCAGGCUGAGGAGAGCACAGACUCUCUGAGAAACCUUGCCUCCGCUGGCCACGGCCCCCGCUCCUCGCCAGCGGAGUUCAGCAGCUCCAAUCAGCACCUCCUCCGAGAACGAAAAUCCUCCGCCCCUUCGCACUCCAGCCAGCCAACCUUGUUCACGUUUGAGCCCCCCGUGUCCAACCACAUCCAGCCCUCCCUGUCCACCAGUGCGCCUCAGGAGUAUCUCUACUUGCACCAGUGCCUAAGCAGGAGAGCGGAAAAUGCAAGGAGUGCCAGCUUCUCUCAGGGCACCAGGGCCUCCUUCCUCAUGAGGAGCGACACCGCCGUACAGAAACUGGCCCAGGGCAACGGGCACUGUGUCAACGGGGUCGGUGGUCAAGUCCAUGGCUUCUACAGUCUGCCCAAGCCCAGCCGCCACAAUAUGGAAUUCAGAGACAGCAGUUACGACCUCCCCCGGAGCCUGGCCUCUCAUGGCCUCACCAAGGGCAGCCUCACGGGCUCUGAGACAGAUAACGAAGACGUGUACACCUUCAAGAUACCUGGCAACACCCUGUGCCGGGAGUUUGGGGACCUCCUGGUGGACAACAUGGAGGUUCCAACCACUCCACUCUCAGCCUACCAGAUCCCCCGGACAUUCACGCUGGACAAGAACCACAACGCCAUGACAGUGGCUACGCCGGGAGACUCAGCCAUAGCCCCUCCACCCCGGCCACCCAAACCUAAUCAGGCAGAAACCCCGCGAUGGGGCAGCCCUCAGCAGAGACCAGCCAUCGGCGAAAACAGCAGAUCGGCCUCUGCCGCCGCCACCAUCCCCAGGCGCAACACUCUGCCUGCGAUGGACAACAGCCGGCUUCACCGAGCUUCUUCGUGUGAAACCUAUGAGUACCCCCAGCGUGCUGGAGAGAGUGCCGGCCGGGCCGCUGAGUCUCUGGGUGAUGGAGUCAAUUCUUUCCUGCCCGGGAAAACCCUCGUGGGCCGAUCAGAUAGUGCCAGUUCUGAAGACAACUACGUGCCCAUGAACCCAGGUUCCUCUUCCCUGGUGGCCAUGGAACGAGCAGGUGAUAACAGCCAGAGUGUCUACAUCCCCAUGAGCCCAGGGCCCCAUCACUUCGAUUCCCUUGGCUACCCGGCAUCGGCUCAUUCCAUACACCGAGGCCCCAGCCGUAGCGAGAUCCAGCCACCCCCUGUCAACCGCAACCUCAAACCUGACCGGAAAGCAAAGCCAACGCCACUUGACCUGAGAAACAACACCGUCAUCGAUGAGCUGCCCUUCAAAUCGCCUGUCACCAAGUCUUGGGCGAGGGCCAUCCACAGCUUCAACUCAAGCUCCUCACAGUACUGCCGCCCCAUCUCCACCCAGAGUGUCACCAGCACGGACUCGGGAGACAGUGAAGAGAACUACGUCCCCAUGCAAAACCCAGUGUCUGCGUCGCCCAUUCCCAGUGGCACCAACAGCCCGGCCCCCAAGAAGAGCACCGGCAGUGUCGAUUACCUGGCCCUGGACUUCCAGCCCAGCUCUCCCAGCCCCCAUCGCAAGCCAUCCACGUCUUCUGUCACUUCCGAUGAGAAGGUGGACUACGUUCAAGUGGACAAGGAGAAGACGCAAGCCCUGCAGAACACCAUGCAGGAGUGGACGGACGUGCGGCAGGCCUCGGAGCCCUCCAAGGGUGCCAAGCUGUGACCCGGGGGCCCCCGAGCCUGGGGAGGGGCCAGAAGGCCACCUCUGCAGAGCUGGCUCCUCUCCAACUCCCCUCUCCCUCCCCUCCCUUUACCCCCCACCUCCCCUCCACUCUGCCGCUCUUGGCCUUCAAAGCACUUGACAUCAGGGACCCUGAGCCCUUCCCCUGGGAGUUGAGGGCCAGUGGCAGCACCUCUGCUGCCCACUCUAGGUCCGCCUUCGGAUUUCUGUCAGUCGUGGCCCUGGCCCCACCCACCUUCGUUAGGCGCUGCUGUUGCCAAAAGGCAUCCUUCAGCCUCUACCUGUCUCAUGGGCCUGAAGAGCUACCCCGCGCUGGAGGAAGGGAUGGGGCUAAGGGCCGGAGCCCACACUUCACCCUCUGUCCAGUCCCUCACCGCUCCCCUCCGACCACCUAGCAUCCCACUCCUGCCUUGCCAGAAGAGAAGUCACCCUGCUGACCCAGGGGGCCGGGGACCAGCGGCCACAGUGGACAUGGACUUUCUCAUCCCAGUUCUCUCAGUGGAGGGGAGGGGAGGGGAGUGGGAGAGGACAGGGCCACUAAGGGAUGACAUUCUGGAGAAGGAAGGCCCGAGGCGGUCCAGGGGGAAGAGCCCAGGGAUUGGAUCCCCAGACUAGCAGGGCAGUUGGCCCAGGGCAGGGCAGUGACUGAGCUGGGCGAGGCAGAGCAUGAAGGACCAAAGGAAGGGGGAAGCCUGGUGAUGAAGCACCAAGGCCCAGAGGCUGGAGUACUGGGGGAGCAAAGGCACUGCGGGGUCUCAGUGCCCUCUGAAACAGUGUCCCCCUCCUGGAGGACCCCCUCCCGCCCACGAACACCAUGAUGGAGAAGGGCUGGGCUUGUGCCAGAUGAGGCAGUGUGUGGUGUGCAUGUGCAGGGGUGGAGAGGAGAGAGCUGUGAGCAAGAUUGGCAUUGUGCAGGCAGAGGGGUGGGGAUAGAAGUGAUGCAGGGGCCGGGGGCCCACCUGCGCUAGGGACAGAGCAGUACACGGGCAGCCGGUAUGUUGUUGCCACAGGAUGGGCUGUGGCACAGGGCGGAGGCACAGGCCCAGUGGCAGACCAGGAGAUGCAGAGGCCAGAAUGUCUAGGGAGUGAGCGGCGGGGGCCCCCACGCAACAAGUGCGGGGACACAAGGAAGUGUGGCAGCCAGGGUCCCAGGGCAGGGCCAUGGAGGUGCACAGCCCACCAGAAGGAAGGAGCGUUGGGCCUGUAGGCGUGGCCCUACGCAUGGUAGCCUGAUAGAGUAGCUUAGGGCUGAAGGUCAGUGGAUGAACCCGUUUAAGGAGAGAGAGCAGGGGGCAGCUGUGCCCAGAGGACGACACAGGUAUGCGCUGUCAGCCUGUGCCAUUGGCUGGGGUUUGUGCCAUGUCCCAGGACCCGUCACAAGGGUUUUCUACCUCAACGUGACCCUCUCCUGGCCCUACCACUCCAGGCGCCACAUGACACUCACACUUGGCUGCAGCGACAGGGCAGGCCAGUCCUAUCUUCCCAGGGCCUGGAAGGCUGUCAGAACCACAUUUUCCCUCCCAGCCCAGCUCAGCCCGGGAUGGGAAGAACGAGGGUCACUGCCCAGGCCCUUGCUUGGAUGUCUAGGGAGGAAGGUAUCUGCAUUUUUUUAAGUCGGACGUUCUUGUUCAAAUGUUCAAGAGUUUCAUAGGGAACUGGCCAGUCAAGAUGUUUCAUCCCAUUCUGGGGGAAGUAGGCCUCCUUCCUCCAGAAAAACAAAACCUGUCUCCUGCUGUGUUUGAUGGGCACGGCUGCCCUGUCUCUUUCAACUCCUGUGUGGGCACGCAUGCACACUGCACCAGACCACCGGCCUGACCACUCUUAAUUACAUCCAGGGAGAAAUUAUUUCCUCAGCAAUAGUCCCUUUGCUCCUCGUACCAAGCCACCCGUGGCCAGGAUCUGGGCUAGGCAGUGAGAGCACAGGAGCUACUCAGAUCUUGUCCCUUGAGAAGGUCACAAGUCAAGUGAGAAGAAGCCAAAGAUGGGGGUUAGGCAUGAUGACGCAAAAGAGAAAACCUCAUUGCCCAAUGGAGCGCAGGGGAAGCAAAGAAGUCUUCUCCCAGGAAGCUGGUGUCCGCAGCAGAUGGGGGUGACAGAGUCAGGGAGGAAGAUUUCUGGGAAAACGGGAGGAGCAUCACAGGUCGGGAACAGAAGGCCUUUGGGCCCAGCCCCUCAGAAGCAAUAGACCCAGGUGUCCGUGUUCCCAGAGUUAGGCAGCGGUGAGAGCAGCGACCGACAGACAGGACGCAAGUUGACAGGCUAUUCGUUCACUGUGCAACCCCUGCAGACUCAGGUGGGCCCAGGCGCCGAGGCCCGAAACAGGCAGCCUGGCAUCCUCCCCUCUCGGUGCCUGGGUGCCCUACAGUGGUUAGCAUUUCCUGAGCGCACCAAGGUGCGAAUGAAACUGGCUGGAGUCUUAAGACAGCGGUGUUCUGAUUUGAUCUACAAGGGCCUCCUCCCAGCACUAGGCUACUGGACCUGCCCAAACUCUCGGGAUGGAGUUGAGGACAGAGACGGAAGUACAAGAGAAGAGUGACCGCGGCCCGAAGCAGAGAGGCUGUCACACAAGCCCGAAACCGCUAGCCGUGUCUACAUGUUUCCCGCACUAGGCACCCCAAAGAGGAAAGCUGAAACAAAACAAAAAGUGACUCAAUUAAAAAAAAUUAAGGCAGCAUAAAACCUGAUCUUUUUGCCUUAACAGUGGGUCAGAGUCUGCUGCUCCUGUUGGCCUGCUAGGUGUGAGACCCCAGACUGAAGGUGCCUUCUCAGCCAGCAUAGCUCUGACGGGGACUCGUUUGCCUGGGGCUCACUCAGAAGCAGCUGCCCGCCCUCAUGAGCCUCCACCUCCACAAGGUUCCGGAAGAGUAGAGUCGGGCCAAUAUGACAAGAGGGAAGAUGUAUGUGCUAUAUGGGAGAUGGUGCCAUCUCCGGACCUUGGUCUGCCCACCAGUGGAACAAGUGGUUGGGUUAGAUGGCCACAGGCCCUUUCUACGACUGGUGCUCAGACUUUAAAAAGGAAUUUCCCCUAAGGAGCUGGGUUACCACUUAACUCCAUUUCCUCCCUCACUUGAUUUUGGUAAGCCAUGUGUGAAACUUAAAAUAAGCCCUAUUCCUUGGACAGAAGCACAACUGUUCAGAAGUUUUGGGAGCAUGAGCUCAACCCCAGUGAGCAUUUCGGCCUCUUUCAUUGCCACUUGGCCAAAGGUCUCAGACUUGGGCCAGGACCUUGGGCCUACCAACCCAGCCCCCACCCAGAUCCCUCUGACAGAUCUCGGGAAGAGGAGGGCUCAACAGAUGGGAAAUCUAUACUUCUUCCCCUCUCUGGACCCUCAACUCUAAUGCGGGGAGGAGGGGGCUGGCCACUUGAGGUCUUACGAACCCUCCUGCUGGGGACAUCUUUUUGGACCUUGGCCCAACUGCUGAGGGGCCCAUUGGAGAUUCAGGCUGUCAUGUGACAGUUGGUGUGUGUUAUUUUGUAUUUGUUGGUUAUGUGUGUCUAGAAAUUUAGAAUCAUUUCGCACAAGAAUCACCACAAUUUGUGGGGAAGGGGAAGUAAGGGGCUAGUAGAAGCCCAGUCUUCAGUUUUUGUCCAAUUGCCAUUUAAAAUUUACGUUUAAUUUUUCAAAUCACUGUUGGUGCCUAAUCACUUAAGUUAUUAAUUUAUUCUUGAAAAAAAUUUGUAACACCUAUUUAUCUUGUGAGUAGGUCUGGGGGGUGGGGUGGGCACUUGUUGAAGUGGGUGAUGUUUUCGAUGUGGUGACACAUGGUACAGGCCUGGCGCUGGCGGGUCCCUUUUUGCUGUGGUGUCUGUCGGGGCAGGACAACAAUAAAGUCCUUAGAAACGCAA